AUGUCAUUGAAAUUUGAUCCCGAUUUAUCGGCGCACCUUCACAACCAGAUCCUUGAACAGGCAUGGAUUGGAGCCGGACGAGAUGCCGAUUCAAUCCCGUCCAAGAGCUGGUGGGAAGAGUCCUCGCCUAUCCCAUUCGAUCUCGCAUCUCGACUAAAUCCGAAAUUGAUCAGAUUCCUACGGUCGGCGAAAGCUAUUAUAUUCGACCCUGAUUCGGGUUUCAAUCUCUUCUAUUACCUCAUAGCGUUGAAUGGGAAAGAUGAUCUCUUUGCUUCUAUCUCUAUGCUCAGGUGGUGGGGUGAUCGUUAUGUCUGGUUGUAUCCCUCAACGCGAAUACAGAGCGAUGAAGAAGUCGGCAUAUUGUUCGAUCAAGAGACCGAACUUGCAGCUUUCGUCCCACACUGGGAAGAGAUGAUUUGGUGUGAUAGAAGACGGUGGCCAUGGCGGCCCUUGCAAAAUAUUUUACAAGUCUAUCUGGACAUGGCGGAUGAGGGCAAGAUCACAACGUAUUCGGAUCGUCAGAAGAGGUCUGAAGAUUAUUCUUUCGAGACAUUCCCUUGGGAGACCCACCAGUAUACUGUGAUGGACGUUGAGCGGGCUGUCGGUGCCUUCACUCGUCUUCUUGAUGCCAUCGAGAUUCGACUUCCAUCAAAUUCGAUGCAUACAACGCAAGACAAUGACCACAAACAAUCAAGCCUCGAAGAUAUAGUUCUCCCAUACUCAGAAUCGGUCCUAGAUGCGUCUUUCAUAGAAGCGGACUGGUUUAUCAGAUCUUUUCUUGCUGCUCUUCCUAUCCGCCAUCUUAAAUUUCGCCAUCUUGCCCCUGGCAUUCGACUCCAAACCCCGACUGAAUUCACAAAUCAACCACUGGCCGACCGCCGCCAUAAUGUUCUGAUCCCAGACUUAUAUAGUACCAACCAGGAGACAUCUUCAUUCCCCUUACUCUUGUUCCGAGGGGAGAGAGAAAACAAGUCACCCUGGACUCGGCCGUGGUUUCCCGAUGGGAAGGCAGAGAACAUCCCCUCUGGUUUAUACAUUGAACCCACCGAUAAAGAUUACAACUGGAAAUCUGACAACCAAAGCCGACUCUUACUCCCGUUUAGUGUUGGCGGGAAUGCGUUUGCUCGAAGUAGCAAUGGGAUUCCAUUCAAAGAUGCUAUGUUUGCGGGGGCUGGGGGGCCUGAUCGGCUUUAUAAAGGAGGUUUUUUAAGUGGCUAUAGUGGCUAUUCACCUUGGGACUCCCGCGGCUCGUAUCUACACAAAGUUUUGGAAAGUUGGGCUGAGCGGGUGGAAUUGGGUGAUUGGCAGGUGGAUGAAGACGGUGUUGUCGGUGGCAUUGACAUGUUUAAGGAGGCUGACACUGAAGAGCAUUGGAGAGAAUAUUUCAAUCCUUGGUGA